UACGUUUUUAAGAAACGUGAAAUCGCUUUCUCGAAUUUAAACAGCAAAAGCGCUUAAUUAUGUCUCCAUUCAUUCCUACUUGAAGAGUGCCGCGUUACCCGCAGCUCAAAUUGGUCUUCAAUGUUUAAUAUCGAAUAUCGUCGACGCCGUAAUGAUAUCCGAAUGGAGCUGCAUCCUGCUUGUCAAAAAAAAAAAAACCACACAACCUGCUAGUGGUGGAAGUCUGAAGCUACACACCAAGUAGUAUCAUAAACACUUACCUGGUUUAUCUUCUCCUUUUGCAAUGUUAUUGUUUUUAGCAGCGCAGCCAGUUGUAGCUUUCCUGCUGGGCACCGGCACGAUCAAUGUAUUCUUUUGAUUAUCGUUUGUCUCAACUCAAACCGAGACAGCUGCUUUUUUCCACUUCGAGGAGCAAUUACGCGCCUUAAAACCCGAAGGAACAUUGUUAAAAACAAUCCAAAUUAUUGAUACGUAUGUUGUUUCUACGUCCGACUGAAACACAGUUGCAUUGCUGGAGGCAUCUUCUCUAAAAUAACUGUAGCGCAUUUUGGAUCUACAUAUCAGCUAUAAGCGAGACAGUAAAUAUUUAUUCCACGAAAUACCCACCAUGUUAUUGGUGAUCAAGAAUCUGAUUCUUAGUAUCUUUAUUUUCCGCUCCUUUUUUGUUUUGCUUUCGCUGUUAUCUGGCGAUUUCUAAACCACAAUUUUAAAACAAAACUCAUUUUAAUUGUCGCCGUGGUGCGGACAAAAAUUUACCCCAAGUUCCAAACACAGCACCCAGUCUGGUUUAAACAACAAUGCAUAAUUCCUUCGUCUUUUCAAUUUCAAUCCGCAGACUUGUUUACUCUGGUCCUAUUUUGCGCCAGAAUUGGAGCAGACAGAUGUACUUGCUUGAACUUACUCGAAGGCAACAAUCCGUGGUGUUAACAUCACCCGGCGUAAAGUCGAGAACUUUCCAAAAGUUUCACGACCCUUCAUACAAACUUGAGAUUUGCUCUUAAAUACAUAUGGUAUUAUCGGUUUCGUUCCGUAAAAUAGAAAAAAAUCAUUAUGAGAUCUUGAUGAAAUUCACGAAGUUUAUUCAGAAAUAUGAGUUUACUCGCUCGUCAAUAUAUGCAAACUGGAUUUAUGCAGGUACAACCCAAACUAAAACCACAUCGAUUAAAACAAGAUAUAAUGUCACUUUACAAACAGACACAAAUAAUACGAAAUUUCCACUUGCUUUCCUUCAAGUAUUGACAGGCUUUGUUGGCCUUGGUGGCGAGCAAAUAACGAGCCGCCGAAGAAACUAAAUAUUGACCGCUUCCUCUGAGAUAUAUUUGAUUAACAUAUUUCGUAAUGAAAUGGAAUAUUUCUACGAAAGCAAACAGUACAUAUAUUAGGAUUACUCAACAACUUCCCUCGUCAGUGAAAGAACUUUAUUAUUUUACAUGUCUGCGUCUGAAAGCGGAUUGUUUGUAAAUUAGUCGAAGAUCAAAUGAGGCACUUUUGCAUUGAAGUACUGAAACAAUCCGCAAUGAAUUUCACAAAAUUUUAGUUCAUGAACUUGUCAGAAAUUCAUUGAUGCGUUUUGUUUCUCUUGCAAUUUUUUAUUUUUAACUCUCACUCUUCCAUAAACAAAAAUUGCAACUUUUGUAAGUUGCAUUUCCCUUCCUGUCUUGAAAGACAGCGGGGAGAAAUCUUUGUCAAACGUAAAUUAUUUUUUCCUUCGCCUCAUGGGUCCUCACUCAAGCAGGUAUAAACAAAUAUAUUUCAUUGUCAACGCUAAUUCGAAAUUGCGAUAGGUAACAAGAACUCAGCGAGGUUAGCCAAGCUUUAUCUCAAACAGCAAAAUCAUUACUAACAAAGAAGUACGAAAUUGAGAAGGAAAUAUACCGCAAUCUCCAUUGAAAGCUCGUUAUGUGAAAUUGAAGCAAAGGAGGAACACGUUACUCCCACUAAUUGAAGACAGUGUUAGCAAGAUCUUUAUUCAUUAAUAAAAGCCUCUUUUUUUGAUCGAGGAGGUUCCACAACCCAAAUAAAUUUAAAUACAAAAAUUAAAAAAUGGACUAAUUAAUAGUCACGUCAGAAGAGAGACAAAUCGGAGCAUAGAUGUCACCGCCCUUACUUGUCUUAAGAGCGCUGCCAAUGUGCCCUCACCGUCACUUGGCGACAACAAUUGAUUCGUACACGCGUUUUAUCGCCAACGUCUGUUAUUGAUAGAAGCCUGAUAAAUACGCGUAGACAAGCGCGCGCAGCGCAUUACUCAACAACCAUACCCAGUUGUCAACAUGAAUGGUACAGAUGGAACUAAAGCUUCGAUUUCUUGUGAUAGUAACAGUGCGCCAUAUACACUGGCCUCUACGAUAUCCCAGGCGAGUUUCGUUAUUUUCAUUCUAAUUCUUGAUGUUUGCGGAAAUUGCUUAGUGAUCGGUGCUAUUUUACAUUAUCGGCGGCUUCGCACGGUGACAAACUAUUUCAUCAUCUCUUUGGCUGUGUCAGAUGUUCUCAUCGCCGCUCUUUCCAUGCCGUUUCGCAUUCACCACACACUGAACUAUAUGUGCUGGGAUCUAGGUCAGAUUCUUUGUGAAGUUUGGGUGUUCGUGGACCUACUGUGUUCCUGCGCGUCCAUAACAAACCUAAGCCUUAUCUCGAUCGACCGAUUCUUAGCGCUAAGUUUCCCACUGAGCUACAGGAGUAUUAUGACGAAAAGUAGAGGAUUUGCCGCCAUUACCUUCGUCUGGGGUUACUCUGGCCUCAUAGCAGCUUUAUCUUUCACGGGUUGGUCCCCUGACGCAGAAACGAUUUCUUCGAAUGAGUGCAAGAAAUCGGAUCCUUAUUAUUAUUUGUUCGCCAUAACUGCUGGUUUUUUCCUGCCUUUAACCAUUCUCGUUAUCAACUACUCAAUGGUUUUCAAGGUCGCCUUCACACAGGCCAAAAAACUGCAGCUGUUAAAAUCAGCGAGUGCGAUGGAGCCUGGCGAGAUAUCUGAGGCGGACAUUCGAAAGGACGCGCGCCAAAGCAUCGUAAAUAUUGGACGGACGGAGCGUAAACGUCGAAAAUCAAUCGUACGCGAACUGAAAGCCACUAAGACUCUCGCUAUCGUCAUCGGAACUUUCAUCGUUUGUUGGUUACCCUUCUUCAUUAUAAUGUUUAUAGUACAAUUUUGCGGGGACUGCUUGCUUAAGAUUCCUGAGAAAGGACAACAAUUUGUGGCGAUCGUUUUCGUUUACGUAUUACCUUUGCUGAACUCGGCCGUAAAUCCAAUUAUUUACUCGAGCUUUAACAGCGAUUUUAGAAAAUCUUUCAAGGAUAUUUUCAUUCGCAUUUGUGUCAUCCGAGGACGGGACAGUUACACGCAUAGAUCGACUUCAGGCGAUGAAGAUGUAUCUGUAGUGACAUUUUUUACCAGCAGAUUUGGUAAUGGAACAACCCCACAGAUUGUUAUUCAGGAGGCAAACUCGGCUUCAGAAGAGGGAGAUUCAGUGUAAUUAGAAUUCGGAAAUCUUAAAAGAGAAGUGAUACAACGUUCAAUAAGAAAAUUGCAUGGAACCCUAAAUAAGCAUCUAUCAUUUAACAUCGAGUCGCUAAUAAAUUGUUUUCUGCAUGAUUUUUCUUUGUUUAUGUGGUACACGCGCCAAAAGAAUGAAGUUUGCUUUUUCCUUGUCGCUCUCGCAGGGACAAAGCACUAUUGUAAUGAAUUGAGGAAAUGCUGCUUUGGUGACACGUCCAAGUGUCAUUAUAACGAAAGAACUCUCAAGUAAAUUGAAAUGUUAGCGAAUUUAGCUUUGUACCUCUCCGAAGCAUUUUUGCUUUUCAAAUUCAACGGGUAGGAAACAUUUUUUUAAUGAAAACGAUUUUCAGGAAUGUUUACAUUUAUUUAUUUAUUUAGAUAAUCUAAAUGUAAGGAAUAAGCAUUGCUAAAAGAAGCGUUUGCUUAGCGGCGAAACGAUAACGAAUUCAGUGAAAACAGUGUUAUGCUAAGUUCCCUCCGCAAAAUUUGCCCUUCGGUGUGCGAAUGGUUCUACUGGGAAUAAAGAAUUGCCACGAUAAAGUUUUAAGCAAAAUAAAGACGCAGGUUAUUUUUUUCGAA